AGCCCGGGCGCUUGCGCCCUGCCCUGUGUUUACUGGCCGGGAAGGUCACCCACGUGGGGGUGCGGCUCGGACUCUGAGAUGCUGGUCGCGUUGCCGGCCCCGGGGCCCAGCGGGCGGCGCUCAGUGCUGGCGGUUCUGGGGGCCGCGGCCGCCGCGCUCAGGCCCUUGCUGUGCGGCCUCCCCGGCUGCCGGGCUCCGCGGCGCGGCCUGGGGCAGGAGUCGCGGCAGCACCCGGACUCCCGGCUCCAGCUGCGGCUCCCGGAGGCGGCCGAGGCGGCGCGGCUGGUCCUGGAGAGGGCGCGGCCCUCCCCCCCGCUGCGCAGGUUCAUCGCCUGCCCCGACCUGGCCCGCGCCGUGCGCGCCAGCCUGGAGUGUGGCCCGGCCCGUGGCCCCGAGCCCGUCGUUCUGGAGUGCGAGCCGGGUCCUGGAGUCUUGACCCGGACGCUACUCAAUGCAGGUGCCCGAGUGGUAGCUCUGGAGAGUGACAAAGCUUUUCUUCCAGAUUUACAGUCUCUGGAGAACAGCCUACAUGGACAAUUAGAAGUUGUUUAUUGUGACUUCUUCAGAUUGGACCCUUUGGGCUGUGGAGCUAUGAAACCACCUGCUAUGUACUCUGAGAAACUUUUUGAAAAUUUGGGCAUCUUGGCAGUUCCUUGGACAGCAGAUGUUCCUGUAAAAAUUAUUGGAUUCCUUCCCCAAAAAAAGGAAAGAAACACUCUUUGGAAGCUUAUCUUUGUCAUGUAUGAACGCAGUUCCAUAUACAGAUAUGGAAGAAUAGAACUGAACAUGUUUGUUAGUGAAAAAGAGUACAAGGUAUUGACUGCAAAACCUGGUGAACUAAGGAGUUAUCAAGCAUUAAGUGUGCUAUGGCAAACAGCCUGUGAAAUUAAGCUUCUGCAUAUGGAACCUUGGUCUUCAUUUUUGACUAAUUCAAAAACCAGGGGACUUGCAAUACCAAAGAGCAUGCUGCUGCCAAACGACCACUUAUGUUUAGUACGAAUGACACCACGGAGGAAUUUAUUUACAGGUGGCAUGACAACCACAAAUUCAUCUACCUUUAUUCUUAUGAUAAAACAGUGUCUUGCUAAACGCAAGUCUAAACUAAUUGAUAGACUUAACUCAUGGAGUCCAGACAGUGGGAGUAAACUGUUAAGGGAGCUAGAAAUACCGGAAAACAUUAUAACAGGCAAUUUGUACCCAGAAGAGUACAGACGCCUUUUUGAAGCUAUGGAACGCUCUAAAGAAUUUAGUCAAAGCUGGCUCUAUGAUGAAGUCUUGGAAAAUACCAGGAACAUAAAUUUCUAAAUCUAAACCUGCUGGUUUUGAAACAAAUUAUUUGUUUCAGUGACUAUAUUGUGAUGCAAAUAAUAAGAAAUGGGCUCAAAAUCUUAGAAUUCCAUCAGUAAAGAUUGUGUUGUCUCCUGCACAAAUCAGAAGAUAAAGUCGCUUGAGGUGCAACAGCCUGUCUACACAGGGGCAAAAAACUGUUUAAACCAUGUAUAGGCACGGCAGUUAACAGGUUGUUCUGUGUGCAUGGGAUUGAAGUCAAACUUUGCAUCUUCUCCAGCAGCAUAAUGGCAACUGUUGUUGCUCUUGGAAAUAUGGCAUAAAAGGAACUGCCUUUUUUGCUACUCUGCUGUAUAUUUGUUAUAUUUUAAAGAGUAUGAGACCAAAUACUUGUGCAAUUUGGAUUUGCGUGUCGGAAUACUUAAUUAUGAUUAACUUUUUCACAGUGCCCCAAAAUGUUUAGACCCUUUAUAAAUAUAAGACCUAUUUUCCUUCUCCCUGGCCUAAGGAACACAGUCUAAAAUUGACAUGAUACAAUAAUAGUUAUGAACAAAGGGGUGAGGAAAAAUGGGAGAGCGGAAAACAGUAGAAUAAUAUGGCUUCUCAGGUUAGUUAUAUGUGUUUCUUGUUUUAAUGUAUGCUCUGCAUUAUAUCUGUCUACUAGAGCUGGUGUGCUGGGGAGAGAGGAAUAUUUAUAGUAAUUUUUAAAAAUUGAAAUUUCAAAAUUCAGAAGAUGUUGAUCAGUCUCUUCUACAUACCCUGCCACCCAUCCACAUGCAUAUAGUCUUUGCUAUCUUGUUUGAAUCUAAAAUUUUUCCACCAGACCUUUGAACAUUGUAUAAACCAUGAAAAUUGUCUCCUCCCCACGACCUAUGCCCUUUAUAUAUUUAUGUUACAAUGUGUGUAUAUUAUAUGUAUAUAAAUACAACCCACUAAAAUUGUA